GGGGAGAAGGGGAGGGGUCCGCUCAGCUGGACCUGCGGUGGGGUGCGGGAGCAGCAGCGGCGCAGAGGCAACCCCGGCGGCCGCCAUGCCCGGCAUCGACAAACUCCCCAUCGAAGAGACGCUGGAAGACAGCCCCCAGACCCGAUCUUUGCUGGGAGUAUUUGAAGAAGAUGCUGCUGCAAUUUCCAAUUACAUCAAUCAGUUAUUUCAAGCCAUGAACAGAAUAUAUGAUGCACAGAAUGAACUAAGUGCAGCAACUCAUCUGACUUCAAAGCUUCUCAAGGAAUAUGAAAAACAGCGUUUUCCACUAGGGGGAGAUGAUGAAGUUAUGACUUCUACUCUGCAGCAAUUUGCUAAAGUCAUAGAUGAGCUCAGCUCUUGCCAUGCAGUACUUUCAACUCAACUUGCAGAUGCAAUGAUGUUUCCUAUUACUCAGUUUAAAGAAAGGGAUCUAAAAGAGAUAUUAACCCUAAAAGAAGUUUUCCAAAUUGCAAGCAACGACCAUGAUGCUGCCAUUACCAGAUACAGUCGGUUGUCCAAAAAAAGGGAAAAUGAAAAGAUAAAGGCUGAAGUUACAGAAGAUGUAUACACUUCAAGGAAGAAACAGCAUCAGACUAUGAUGCAUUAUUUCUGUGCAUUAAAUAGUCUUCAGUACAAAAAGAAAAUCGCUAUGCUAGAACCCUUACUCGGAUACAUGCAAGCGCAGAUAAGCUUUUUUAAGAUGGGUUCAGAAAAUCUUACUGAGCAGUUGGAAGAAUUUUUGACCAAUAUUGGCACAAGUGUACAGAAUGUUCGCAGGGAAAUGGAUUGUGAAGUAGAAAACAUGCAACAAACUAUAGAGGAUUUGGAAGUAGCUAGUGAUCCACUGUAUCUGCCUGAUCCUGAUCCUACAAAAUUUCCUGUUCAUAGAAACCUAACACGGAAAGCUGGCUAUCUCAAUGCAAGAAACAAGACAGGGCUGGUGUCUUCCAGUUGGGAGAGACAAUUUUACUUCACUCAAGGUGGAAAUCUGAUGAGCCAGGCAAGAGGUGAUGUAGCUGGAGGACUUGUCAUGGAUAUAGACAAUUGUUCUGUAAUGGCUGUGGACUGUGAAGACAGACGGUACUGUUUCCAAAUAACAUCCUUUGAUGGCAAAAAGUCUUCAAUCUUGCAGGCAGAGAGUAAGAAAGAUUAUGAAGAGUGGAUAUGUACCAUAAAUAACAUCUCUAAACAGAUCUAUCUAAGUGAAAACCCUGAGGAAAUUGCUGCACGUGUAAAUCAGUCAGCUCUGGAGGCUGUUACUCCAUCUCCUUCCUUUCAGCAGAGGCAUGAGAGCAUGCGGCCAGCCGUACAAUCUCGUCCUCCUGCAGUUCGUACUAGCAGCACAGGGUCACUGGGCUCUGAAUCAGCAACUUUAUCAGCACUUUCCUUGGAUUCGCUUGUUGCCCCAGACACUCCUAUACAGUUUGACAUAAUAUCUCCAGUUAGUGAAGAUCUGCCUGGUCAAGCAAAAUCUUCAGGGCAGUCGGGCAGACGCACAAAUCCUUUUGGUGAAUCUGGAGGCUCAAAAUCUGAAACAGAAGAUUCCAUUCUUCACCAGUUAUUUAUUGUAAGAUUUCUUGGAUCUACGGAGGUGAAGUCUGACGACAGUCCAGAUGUUGUUUACGAAACGAUGCGUCAAAUACUGGCAGCUCGUGCCAUCCAUAACAUUUUCAGGAUGACAGAAUCACAUUUGUUAGUCACUUGUGACUGCUUAAAGUUAAUUGAUCCACAGACACAAGUUACAAGACUACGAUUUCCUUUGCCCAGUGUAGUUUUGUAUGCUACACACCAGGAGAACAAGCGCCUUUUUGGAUUUGUGCUUAGAACUUCAGGAUGGAAAGCUGAGAGUCGCCAAACCUCUGUCUGCUAUAUAUUUGAGUCAAAUAAUGAAGGGGAAAAGAUUUGUGACUCUGUUGGACUGGCAAAACAGAUUGCUUUUCAUGCAGAACUGGAUCGAAAAGCCUCAGAAAAGCAGAAAGAAAUAGACAGAGUCAAAGAGAAACAACAAAAAGAACUAAAUAAACAAAAACAAAUUGAAAAGGACUUAGAGGAGCAAAGCCGGUUGAUAGCUGCUUCCAGCAGAUCGAACCAGAGCAGCGCAGAAGGACAAUUUGUAGUCCUUAGCAGUAGCCAGUCAGAAGACAGUGAUUUAGGAGAAGAUGGAAAGAAGAAGAGAGAAUCUGAAGCCUAAGUUUGCCUGCUUCAUUAAAAUUGGAACCACGGAUGUAUCUGGUGAAAUGGCACAAGUCCUACAAGAAAUAAAGUGUAGGUGAGGGGGGUCUGUGGUAUUAUAUAAACCACUUCACAAUAUGUAGGCCCUAUUAUGCUUUGAUUUUUCCAUCUCACUUAAGUGAUUUCCAUUUUCAUGUCAGUGUAAUUUCUCCUUGUGCCAGAUGAAGCAUGGUGAUGCUACCGUGUUUCUCACAAAAUUAUGUUUUCUCAAGGCUUCUCUGCAGUCUUUCUUGGGUUUCUUUCCCCACCAACUUCUCUGUGCAAUUAACUGCUCUUGAAGCAAAACUUAACUCUCACUGGACUUCAGCAGUACACUGAAAUUUAUUCUUUACAUUGUAGUAUGGAGAACACCUUGCUGAAACAGACAUGGAUGUCCAAAUAAGACAGUGCUAAGUUUUACCUAGUUUGUUGCACAUAACCAUUUCUAGAUUUAGAAAGAAAA